AUGACAGAGCGGCGGGCUAGCAGGGACACUUUGGCUCAAGGCCGCGAGGGGGCCGCCCGGGGUCGCCGGAGCAGCGCGCGGGCCCGGAGCGCCCCCGGCUCGCCCUUUUCCCCAGUCCGGCGCGCGGCGGCCCCGUCGCCCCACCCCCUGCGCGGCUCGGGUUACCCGCAGCCUCCCGUGCGCGCGGCGGGCGCGGUGGCGCGGCCGGGCUUCGCCGAGUACCAGGCCAGCGCGUUCGGGGACGUCCGGCUGCUGGUGCACGACUGCCCCGCCUGGGACAUUUUUGACAGUGACUGGUACACGUCGAGGAACCUGAUCGGGAGCGCCGACAUCGUCGUGAUCAAAUACAACGUAAAUGACAAGUGUUCAUUCCACGAAGUGAAGGAUAAUUAUAUUCCAGUGAUCAAAAGAGCAUUAAAUUCCAUCCCAGUCAUCAUUGCUGCAGUUGGUACCAGACAGAAUGAAGAAUUACCUUGCACCUGCCCUCUGUGUACGUCCGACCAAGGGAGCUGUGUCAGUACAACGGAAGGGAUUCACCUGGCUAGAGAACUAGGAGCAACGUAUCUUGAACUGCACAGCCUGGAUGACUUCUAUAUAGGAAAAUACUUUGGCGGCGUGAAUGUGGGUAGAGAUGAUAGCAUUGGAGUGGAACGGGCACUGAACAGCCGCGUGGAAAUUUUCUUUCUCGAAACAGAGAAGAUGCCCGUCCUAAAGGCUGAAGCCUCGCAUUACAACUCGGACCUGAACAACUUGCUGUUCUGCUGCCAGUGCGCGGACGUGGUGUUCUACCACCCCGACCUCCCGGAGGUCGCGCAGGCCCACAAGAUCGUGCUCUGCGCUGUCAGCCACGUGUUCAUGCUGCUGUUCAGCGUGAAGAGCGCCGCGGACGUGCAGGACCCGAGCAUCAUCCAGGCCGCCCAGGACCUCUUCGCCGUGACCCGGGACUCUCCGGGUGCCGGCCGUGCCUCCCCGGGGAACCCGCCACUGCGUGUGGUUGUCAAGGACGCGCUCUUCUGCUCCUGCCUGUCCCACAUCCUGCGCUUCAUUUACUCAGGUGCUUUUCAGUGGGAAGAACUGGAAGAUGCUAUCAGGAAGAAGUUGAAAGAUUCUGGAGAUGUGUCUAACGUCAUUGAGAAAGUUAAAUGUAUAUUAAAGACGCCAGGAAAGAUUAACUGCCUAAGGAAUUGCAAAACUUACCAAGCCCGAAAACCUCUGUGGUUUUACAAUACUUCCCUCAAGUUUUUCCUAAAUAAACCAAUGCUUGCUGAUGUUGUCUUCGAAAUACAAGGUACAACAGUGCCGGCCCACAGGGCCAUCCUGGUGGCCCGUUGUGAGGUGAUGGCGGCCAUGUUUAAUGGCAAUUACAUGGAAGCAAAGAGUGUCCUGAUUCCAGUUUAUGGCGUUUCCAAGGAGACUUUCCUGUCCUUUUUAGAAUACCUGUACACAGACUCCUGUUGCCCAGCUGGCAUUUUCCAGGCCAUGUGUCUGCUGAUCUGUGCCGAGAUGUACCAGGUGUCACGGCUGCAGCACAUCUGCGAGCUCUUCAUUGUCACGCAGCUGCAGAGCAUGCCGAGCAGGGAGCUGGCCUCCAUGAACCUGGACAUCGUGGACCUGCUCAAGAAGGCCAAGUUCCACCACUCUGACUGCCUUUCAACCUGGCUGCUUCAUUUCAUUGCCACCAACUACCUCAUCUUCAGUCAAAAGCCUGAAUUUCAAGAUCUUUCAGUGGAAGAACGCAGUUUCGUUGAAAAGCACAGAUGGCCGUCAAAUUUGUACUUGAAGCAGCUUGCCGAAUACAGGAAGUAUAUCCACUCCCGGAAGUGUCGCUGCUUAGUGAUGUGACCCGGAGCUUUUAUAUCCAUCCGCGUUUUCACUAUUAGGAGGAAUGGGGUGUUGCUGGAUUUAUGAAAUUCUUAUGACCGAAUGCCAGUGUGGAUGUUUAAAACAACUCAGCUUAAUGUGUUUGUUCUCUUUGGAAAACCUACAACUGUAUUCUUCAAAGGGAACAAAGUAUAACACAGACUAAAACUAAGGCUUUAGAAUAUGAAACAGUUGUACAGCUGUUUUCCCUUUGAGAUGUUCUCUGGCUUUGGUCAAGAAAUGCUUACAUUU